AUGGACGAUGGCGACUUGAAUGACACAACAAGUUUCAGCAAGAAGAUCACUAGCGAAACAGAUAUAGCAAAUCCAGAUCAGGCACUGAUAUCAAACAUAGUGCUGCAACUUGCGGUGGGAACAGUCCUAAUCUGCGUCUUCCUGUUCUGUAGAAAGCGAGCACCGUACGUUUAUUACCCGAAUAGCGAUCUGCGUCCCAAUCACCCGUGUCACGAAUACACGGGCUAUUUAAAUUGGAUUAAGCCUGUUCUGCAACUGGAAGACGCCAAGCUGCUUGGAAUGGUUGGAUUGGAUGGCUUUAUGCUUCUACAGACCCUGAAGCUGCUUUACAGAAUGCUCUUCAUCCUCUCCUGCGUCUAUUGCCCACUGCUUCUAGGCGUCUAUUACGCCUUACAGUACAACCAGAAGGCGACAUUCUUCGAGUCAUUCUCGAUUCGUGGUGCAAACAGCACCAUAGUCUACUACCUGUGCAUCGCACUGGUCUACAUCACCACACUCUUCAUAUUCUACAUGAUAUUCAUCUACUUCAAGAGGUACGUCACACUUAGACAGAUCUAUUUGGUAUCCCCUGCUUCAUUGACAUCGGUGGAGGCACUGAAGAAUCUCUCGAAGCAGCUGAAUUCGUACGAGAAUUCGAUUGAAUUUGUGAACAUGUCAUCCAAGACUGUGAUUCUGAACAGGCUGCCUUCGUAUCUCAGAAACGACCAGGACGUCUUCGACUACGUGCGUCAGCUUGGAAUUGGGGACGUGGAGACUGCAAUUCUGAUUCAGGACACCUACUACCUUACGAAGUUGUAUGAGAAGAGGGACGUGAUUCUGCAGAAUUUAGAAAAGGAAAUCAACUUUGCCUUCCUGCGCAUGAAGAAGUAUUUUGAGAAAAACAGGGACGAAUGCAUGGAGAGCUUCAAGGAGACGUAUCAUAACAAGUUGGAACAGAGUGCAAUACGCGUGUUCAGGAACAUGCGAUUUGAUGUGGAAGAGAAGGUGCGACUGUUGAACUGCUUCGUGCAGAAUGGAAACAAGUUUCUUGGUUUAGCUGGUGAUGACACGUCCUUUCUGAUUGUGUACAUCGAGCAACUCAGAUACUGCAACCAGAAGAUUCUUGAAGAGAAAGAGUAUCUGGCCAAGGCAAAAGAAGUCGACCUCUACAAAAAUGAAGUCCAAUUGAACAACAACAACGAUAAGGAUAAUUCAGGUAAAGAUAACAAAGGUAGUUCAGGUAGAGAUAGCAAAGGUAGUUCAGGUAGUUCAGGUAAAGACAACAAGGGUAAAAAUAGCAAGGGUAAUAACAACUCUAAUAACAACUCUAAUAAUGAUAACAAUGAUAACUCUGAAGGCAGUACAACUUCAAUAUACAAACACACUCCUGAUGCAACUACAGCCAAUAAAAACGACUUCAGGAAGAUUGUGGUAGAACAUAGCGUAUCAGACGAAUUCAACUACAAAUUGGAUGAGCAGAAGCCAACUCAGAACAUGAUGCCUGACGUAAGCAAGAGUCUCUUUGUGCGAACUGACAUCGACAACGACGUCAGCUUCUUCUCGUUCAAGCAGAUCAGGGAAUUCUCAAAAUACAAGAGCUACUUCACACUUGAUCUACCAAUGAACAAACAGAGGGCAUUUGUGACAUUUUCAGAUGCAAAGCAAACUGGUCUCAUCAAACAGUCUCAAAUUGGAACAAAGGUGUUCUCGCCAACAGCAGAGGCAGCACCUGCGCCAAAUGACAUCAUUUGGAAGAACCUGACGAAGUCUGAGCUGUCGUGCUUCCUGGGCCGCCUUGGAUCCACCUUCAUGUUCGUAGGGUACAACAUCUUGUUCUAUUUCACGGUGAGUUCAAUUGUGGGAAUGCUUGAUUUGGACGCAGGUGACCUGAAUUGGGUGCUGAAGAAGAUCAAGGCGUCCAAGACACUCUCCGCCUACUACGAUGGAUUUGUGACACCAGCAGUCUACAACCUGUGCAUUGCCAUAUCGCCCUUCAUCAUCGAAUUCCUGAUCAACCUGGAGGGAAUCGUGGCCUUCAGCGUCUCUCAGAUCCGCCUGAUGAAGCUCUUCUCGAUCUUCCUCUUUUACAACGCGUUCCUGUCGAUCUUCUUCUCGACCAGCUUCUUCAACAUGCUCAACAACUUCUUCACGGACUCGAACUACAAAAUGGACGACCUGCUGGUUGAUCUCGGAAAGGGCUACUCCGAGUACUCGCUCUUCUUCAUGAACACGGUGAUCCAGCGAAUCGUGGUUGGGUCGCUGAUGACGCUGCUGAAGCCAGGCCCGUUCUUCAUCAACUUCGUGGUCUACCACUUUCAGACGAGAACAAGGCGCGAGGAGGAGGAGCUCCACCUGAGCCCGCCCUUCGACUUCGGAAACGUGAUGCCUCAGGUGCUGCUGAUCUUCCCAAUCACGCUCAGCUACGGCUGUGUCUGCCCAUUCAUGCUUGUUCUUGGCUUCGUCUACUACUACAUCAACUACUUCGUCUACAAGAACGAGCUUGUCUACUCGCAGCGAAACUCAUUCGAGUCAGGCGGAAUAUUCUGGACUGAAACAAGCAUGUUUCUGAUUCUGGGCGUCCUUGCCUUCCAACUUGCCACAAUUGCAAUUCUCUUUGCCGAAAAGCACAAGCACAUCAUCUACUUCACGGUGCCACUGAUCAUCAUGGACUUCUACUUCUACGACGCCCUGAAGCUCCUCUUUGACAAGAACGUCAAGAACUACCCGCUCAACGAGCCAGAGGAGCACUUUCUGGACGAGUUUUCGACGAAGUUCGUUGCUGAGAGACGCGACAUGCUCGAGAACUGGGACGAGGCGGAGAAGGCGGAGGACGAAGACCGCUUUCCAAUCACCGAGCUUGGUCUCCACGACCGAAACAUCGUCACAAACACCUCCUACUACAAGGACCCAUCCACAGUCGUCAACAUCUCCCACAUCAUGAUGCCCCACAACUUCUACAUUUGCCUACACUUUCUCAGGACAUUCGACUACAAGAACGUCUUUGGAUUCAAUGUAAAUAGAGAGCGAGUGAACGAGGAGCAUUCAGCCAUCUGA